AUGUUCAACACUGAAAUUUUCAAUAAUGGGUCCGGGUCUGGUUCCGAUAACCAUCUAGCCAUUCCCCAGCCCAUAGAUAUUACAUACCAGCGACAGCAGCUGAUAUUCAAUAAUUCCAGGUUCCGCAGAGAGUCCAUAGCUCAUUCUCAGGGUAUGGGAGGAGUGCUGUGGGGGUCAGUUACCAUCGGGCUGUGGCUCAAGGAUGAAGUGAUGAUGUUGAACCAGCAUCAGAACCAGAAUCAAAACCAGAAUCAGUUUCAAAAUCAGGCAGCCCAACUCAUCAACCCUAGAAGGGGACUGUUCCGCCAUCCUAGUACCAGUCAUCAUAUGGCUACUUCGCCACCACUGCAAGCGUCAUAUCUUCCUAAUCUCGAAGCGGAUUACUGUAAGGAUUACAGUUGCUGUGGACAGCAUCUCCCCACAUUGCAUGAUUUGUUGCGACAUUAUGAAGAGGCCCAUAUUAGUCUGUCACCACCGGCUGACCAUAACCUCUUGAAUUCAGCCAGAUCCAAUAGGGCCAAUCUCAAUAAUAUCCACAAUGUAAUGGAGACCGUCAGCACCAACGACGUGUUCUUGAAUACCCAGCAGCAUCCUCAAGUGCAACCCACCAUCAAUGCGGCACCAUUUCAAUUCAAUCUUCAGCACCAAACCAUCAACCAAAGCUUUGGCAUUCCUCAACAACGUAACAACAGCAAUACUCACCAGAACCACAACGGAGGCAUCCAACAGCAUGGCAAUGGUGCUACUUCGAUUCCUCCUUCCAGUAUUCAGCAACAGCAAUUACCUCAACAGGUACAUCCACAACAAGUGCACCAUCAGUCACCGCUUGGUCAAUCUAGACCAGGGUCGGCUCAGGCUGAAGAUGAUGAUAGCACCAUGUAUAUCGAUGACCCAGCACGUCAUUUAUAUGUGAUGGAAAAUACCGAGCAUAAACCAUUUAAAUGUCCCGUGAUUGGAUGUGAAAAAACGUACAAGAACCAAAACGGUCUCAAAUACCAUCGUUUGCACGGGCACCAGAAUCAAAAGUUGAAAGAAAACCCCGAUGGAACUAUUUCCAUUAUCGACCCGGAAUCCAACACGCCGUACUUGGAUGGAGCGGGCAUGGAAAAAGAUAAGCCAUACCGCUGUGAGGUAUGUGGCAAACGGUAUAAGAAUCUUAAUGGUCUCAAGUACCACAGGGGCCACACUACCCACUAG